AUGGUGACCAGUCCUCGUGGGACCCUGAUGAUGACCAGUCCUCGUGGGACCCUGAUGGUGACCAGUCCUCGUGGGACCCUGAUGAUGACCAGUCCUCGUGGGACCCCCGCUAGUGACCAGUCCUCGUGGGACCCUGAUGGUGACCAGUCCUCGUGGGACCCUGAUGAUGACCAGUCCUCGUGGGACCCUGAUGGUGACCAGUCCUCGUGGGACCCUGAUGGUGACCAGUCCUCGUGGGACCCUGAUGAUGACCAGUCCUCGUGGGACCCUGAUGGUGACCAGUCCUCGUGGGACCCUGAUGGUGACCAGUCCUCGUGGGACCCUGAUGGUGACCAGUCCUCGUGGGACCCCGCUAGUGACCAGUCCUCGUGGGACCCCGCUAGUGAUCAGUCCUCGUAG